GUUCCAAGAAAACAACUCACCAGCAGAGAGUGAAUUGCUGAGUGGACCCAGCGGCUCUUCCUCCCACAUCCAGAAAUGGCCUCUGCCUUCAACCCCCGAGAAUGUACGCUGUCUAAACAAGAAGGGCAAAGCUAUGGCUUCUUCCUGCGAAUUGAGAAGGACACUGAUGGCCACCUAGUCCGGGUGAUUGAGAAGGGCAGCCCAGCAGAGAGGGCUGGCCUCCAGGAUGGAGACAGAGUUCUUAGGAUCAAUCGUGUCUUUGUGGACAAGGAAGAGCAUAUGCAGGUUGUGGAUCUGAUCAGAAAGAGUGGGAAUUCAGUGACUUUACUAGUUCUGGAUGGGGACUCCUAUGAGAAAGCCAUGAAAAAAAAGGUAGAUUUGAAAGAGUUAGGUCAAAGUCAGAAGGGGCCAUGUUUGAAUGAUAAGAAACUGCCUCUUAUGUUGAAUGGAGGAGCACAGACUUGGACCCAACCACGGCUCUGCUACCUGGUGAAGGAGGGGAACAGCUAUGGCUUUUCUCUGAAAACUGUCCAAGGUAAAAAAGGAGUGUACAUGGCUGAUAUAACACCUCAAGGUGUGGCUAUGAAAGCUGGUGUCCUGGCAGAUGAUCACUUGAUUGAAGUGAAUGGAGAGAAUGUAGAAGAUGCCACUCAUGAGGAAGUGGUUGACAAGGUGAGGAAGUCAGGAAGCCAAGUCAUGUUCCUGCUGGUGGACAAGGAAACUGAGAAGCACCAUAAUGAGCAGAAUAUAAAAUUCAAGAGAGAAACAGUCAGUUUGAAAUUACUACCCCACCAGCCCCGAGUUGUUAAGAUGAAGAAGGGAAGUAAUGGCUAUGGUUUCUAUCUGAGGGCGGGUCCAGGACAAAAAGGUCAAAUAAUCAAAGACAUAGAUUCCGGAAGUCCAGCAGAGGAGGCUGGCUUGAAGACCAAUGACCUGGUAGUGGCUGUCAAUGGCGAGUCUGUGGAAUCCCUCAGUCAUGACAGUGUGGUGGAAAUGAUCAGAAUGGGUGGAGAUCAGACUUCACUGUUGGUGGCAGACAAAGAAACAGAGAGCAUAUAUAGACUGGCUCAUUUUUCUCCAUUUCUCUACUAUCAAAGUCAAGAACUGCCUAAUGGUUCUGUAAAGGAGGCUCCAGUUCCUACUUCUGCUCCUCCAGAGAUCUCAAGUACAGAUACUACAGAGGAAGUAGAUCAUAAGCCUAAACUGUGCAGGCUGGUUAGAGGUGAAAAUGGCUAUGGCUUCCACUUAAAUGCAAUUCAGGGUCAGCCAGGCCCAUUCAUCAAGGAGGUACAGAAAGGCAGCCCUGCCAACCUGGCUGGGCUAGAGGAUGAAGAUAUCAUUAUUGAAGUGAAUGGGGUGAAUGUGGUGGAUGAACUCUAUGAGAAGGUGGUGGACAGAAUCCAGAGCAGUGGGAAGAAUGUCACACUCUUAGUCUGUGGAAAGAAAGCCUAUGAUUAUUUCCACGUGAAGAAAAUCCCUAUUGUUUCUUCCAUGGCUGAUCCAUUGGAUGUACCCCUUUGUUGCAAGGAAGGAACAUCAGUGGAGUCAGAGCACAACUCAUACACGGCGAAAGAACGAGCCCACAGUACAGCCUCUCAUUCUUCUUCCAAUUCUGAAGAUACAAAGAUGUGACGAGAACAAGUAAUGGCUUUGGCAGAUAGUUGUUUUUGGGUAUUUAAUAGGAAUCCUUUUCAAGGAAUGAGCUCCUACAUUUGCUGU